UGACGGACCCUCAAUUUUCUCCAUUCGUCCAACCCCAUAUUUAUGAUUAUAAAUAUCCAUUUUAAUAUUAUCACAUUCACAAUCAAUUCAUCAUCGGUAUUAUUGCAAGAAAAUCCAAAACAUAAUUGCAGACAUAUCUUUUUAUCAUAUAUAUAAUGUCACACAUAUGUUCAUGAUCAUUCAUAUCCCUCUCUCUAUCUCUAUUUCUAUUUCGUCAAGUAUUUGAUUAAUUAAUGGCUACUGAUAUUGGCUAUCUGAAUCGGAUGAUAGAUCAGUUCAAGAAGAAAUCCGGCGACGACGGAAACAAGUCGGCGGGGACCCUCGUCACGCGUGACUUGCUCGGAGGCUGUGCCGCCGCUGAUUCCACCACCGGAGUAUUGGACCUCCGGUCGCAGGACCCUUCUGCGUGGGAGAUUCAUAUUGAUCGAUUGAAGUUAGAAAAAGGCUACAUAUCAAGAAACAACUCUCCUGGCUCCCAAUAUUGCAACCAAAAUUCUCCACCCAAGAAGCAACUGCUGAAUCUCUUGGAGGAAAGCAAGUUAGAUCUCAAGAACUUCCCGUCCACUUACCAAAGCACGUGCACACUCGAUAAGGUGAAGUUUGCGCUCGAAAGGGUCGAGAAAGAAACGAGUAAAAAGCGUUUAAUGUCAUGGCGAAAACCAGCUUCCACAAAUUCAAAUUCACAAAGAUUUGAGAAAGAAGACGAGGAGGAGGAUUAUACAAAAACACCAUCGUCGUUUGCAGCAGGCUGUCCGAGUUGUAUGAUGUACGUUUUGAUAUCCAAGAACAAUCCAAAGUGUCCGCGAUGCCAAGCUACUAUUGAUUGUCCCGUUAAUUUGACAAUGAAGAAGAAACAUUGUAUUGAUCUCAACAUGUCCAUAUGAAAAUAUUUUAUAUUGACAAGCGUGAUAUAAAUAUAUCCUUUCUA